AUGCCGUGCCAGAACUGUCGGCUGUCCGCCACUGAGUGUGCCUAUUCUGGAAUCCGUCUUCCACGGGGUCGUCGUCCAGCAAAGGCGUCGCACAGGGCCACCGCCGCGAGCCGGUGUGGUAAUGAUGACUCGCGGACCAAUGCCAACAUCUCGACUUCGAUGAGCCUCCCCUCGCCUGUCGACAGCGACAUCGAAGUGCGACUUCAAAGCCAGGCACUCGAGCAACGUUGCAAAUUCCUUGAACACCAGCUCACGAGUCUUACGAGGCAAGUGGGAGGGAUUGACAAGACGGCCGACUCAACGUGCCCCAACGAAAAUUCCCACUACCUGUUCUCUUACAAGCGGUCAGCAAACCCUUCUCGCGCCGUACACGACGCACCGUACCCCGACACUUGUGCACGUUCUGAACCCAAGCGCACCCUUUCAUUUCUGGGCCAGUUUGAGGCCCUGGAAGAUGCUCUCGAGUCGGACUACAGUGCCCGACACGACAGGUUCAUCUCGAUCGAAUCGCCAGUUCCCGAUGCAGCACCCGCUCGCACCAUCACGAGCACGAUGAGCCCUCCUCAGCAUGGCCCCGAAAGAAGCGAAGGAGACGAAAUCAUGGCACAGACGAGGCUGGACGGGGUGGAUCAGAUGAGCCAGUGUCUUGAUACCUAUUUCGCGAGCGUCCAUUCAAGCUAUCCAUGCGUCAACGAGACUCAUAUGCGGUCGACGUUUGCCGCAUUCCUGGCCAACGACUCCAGUCACACAUCCCGAGAGUUUGCCAUGGAGGAGUUUGCAGCCCUCCUCAAUCUCAUCAUGGCAGUAGCGCAGGUGGCCUCUGACACCUCUUCUGGGAAUGAGGAUUCCGUCCCGGGGUAUCAACAAGUUUGUCGUGCCGAAAGACUACUGAAUCUUGCCGCGUGGCAGGACAAACCCAGUCUCACCACAGUACAGGCCAUGCUUGUCAAGAGUUUAUACUAUUUGUACACCUUGAAACUCAACGCCGCAUACGCCACGAUAGGAGCCGCCGUGCGCUUAUGUUUCUCUAUGGGACUGCACCGAGAAGAAGGCUGGGAGGAAGACUCGUUGGGCUUCUAUGAAAGGACAUAUCGUCAACGCACCUUCUGGUGUCUAUACUGUCUAAAUUCGGAAAUCGCUCACGCGCUGGCGGCGCCCGACUUAUUCCCUCUAUCGAGUUGUGACGUGGGCCUACCGGCAUGCGUGGACGACAGGAUGCUCUAUCCAGGCUGUUCGUCGCUGUACGAACUUCCCAGGACAUCACCCGUCCCGUAUCUGCUUGAGUCUGUCGAAUGGACAAAGUCGUGCUCCGAGAUGUGGGAUGAGCUGUACUCUCAUGUCACCGCAAGUAAGCCGAUCCCCUCGAACCUGGUUGCACGGCUGGACCACAAGAUCUUGCAGCUGUCGCAGCAAGCACCAGGUCAUCUUCAGUGGUCGGCGCUGUCGCGACGGGGGUCCGCGUGGGGACCUGAUGAACUUCCUGCCUUCGUCCAAGACCAGAGCCUGCGUCUCUAUCUCCUGGCCCGCAGUUCGCGGCUUCGUGCUCGACGACAAGAGUUGUUGAGUCUCAACCACAGGAGCCAGACGGGGACGGAGGCGGUCCAGAUUGCGGCCGAGAUCAUCACUGCGGUCGAGCUCGGCUGGUCAUCAACAAGCCAGUGGAAGCGUACCGAGCGGUACACCUAUGUGGUACACCUCGCCGAAGCGCUCCUCGGGUUGAUUUGCGUCACUUCGGCCCAGGACACGGGCGAUGCGUCUGGUCCACUCGCACAUGGGUUGUCAGUCGUGGACUUGUUUGAACGGACACUUCGGACUCUCGAGGACAUUUCCACCGGUUUCUAUACCGGAAGACAGAUUCUCCGUCUGCUAGAUGGACCUGUCCGCAUCGCUCGAGGUCGACAAGCCGUCCUUCGCCAGGAGGUUUCGUCCAGUGUAAUCCCGACGCCGACUUUACAAGCAUCGGGACCAGGACCAGGACCUGCUGCCCCAGACAAUCCCACUUUCCGAGAGGUCAGCAUGGCUUUGAAUCCGUCCUCUGCGGACCGCAGUCAGGGCCUGGCUUCUAGUCACCACAAUGACUAUCUCGCCGCCGACUGUGGCGUUGGCGGCGCUGAGGGCAUGGUUCCCGGCUUCGCGAAUCUCGGGCUGCCGAACUGGAACCCCGUCGGCUUUGGUGACGAUGUGCAUCAUGGCUGGCAGAGUUAUUCCUCCAUUCCCAUGACCUUGACAUAG